CAGCCCUAGGCGUGAGCUUUGGGCUUUCUUGGAGAGAAUCACAGCAGCAGCAGUAACUGUCCAGGGGCAGGAGAGGGAGGAAGUAAAGGCAAGUUCUGACCUUCAAUCUGACAACUUUUCCCUGGCACACCAGCAAGGCAAUAUACAGACCUCUCUGUCUAGAAACAAGAAAAGAGAACAAUUUCUUUGCUUGGUUGCAAGAUUUAAAAAAAUAAAUCUGAGAGUUAUUAAGAACUAAGAAGAGGUGUGAAACUGAAUCUGAUCCUUAAGCAAGAUGACAAACCAAAUAGAAACUGUCAUGCAUUACAACUAUGAGUAUGAAGAAGAUGAGUACAUGAACCAAGAGGAAGAAUGGGACAGAGACCUGCUCCUGGACCCUGCGUGGGAGAAACAGCAAAGGAAGACAUUUACAGCCUGGUGCAACUCCCAUCUACGGAAAGCAGGGACACAGAUUGAGAAUAUUGAAGAGGAUUUCAGGAACGGCCUUAAGUUGAUGCUGCUUUUGGAAGUCAUUUCAGGGGAAAGACUACCAAAACCAGAUAGAGGAAAAAUGCGCUUCCAUAAAAUUGCAAAUGUCAACAAAGCCCUGGAUUUUAUAGCCAGCAAAGGCGUCAAACUUGUCUCAAUUGGUGCAGAAGAAAUUGUUGACGGCAAUGUGAAAAUGACCCUAGGUAUGAUUUGGACGAUCAUCCUUCGCUUUGCUAUUCAAGACAUUUCAGUAGAAGAGACAUCUGCCAAAGAAGGACUGCUGCUAUGGUGUCAGAGGAAAACUGCACCUUAUAGAAAUGUGAACAUUCAAAACUUUCAUCUUAGCUGGAAAGACGGCCUUGGCCUCUGUGCACUUAUCCACAGACAUCGACCUGAUCUUAUUGACUACUCCAAGCUAUCUAAGGAUGAUCCACUAGGAAAUAUAAACCUUGCCAUGGAUGUUGCUGAAAAACAUUUGGAUAUCCCGAAGAUGUUGGAUGCAGAAGACAUUGUGAAUACUCCCAAGCCUGAUGAAAGAGCUAUCAUGACUUAUGUUUCCUGCUUCUACCAUGCUUUUGCAGGAGCAGAGCAGGCAGAAACAGCUGCUAAUCGGAUUUGUAAGGUACUUGCUGUGAAUCAAGAAAAUGAAAAAAUGAUGGAAGAAUAUGAACGACUGGCAAGUGAGCUUUUAGAAUGGAUUCGUCGCACAACUCCUUGGUUGGAAAACAGGACUCCAGAGAAGACUAUGGCAGCUAUGCAGAAGAAGUUAGAAGACUUUCGAGAUUAUCGUCGCAAGCACAAGCCACCCAAGGUCCAAGAAAAAUGCCAGCUGGAGAUCAAUUUCAAUACAUUGCAGACAAAGUUACGAAUCAGUAACAGGCCAGCUUUUAUGCCAUCAGAGGGCAAGAUGGUUUCAGAUAUUGCCAGUGCUUGGCAAAGGCUUGAACAAGCAGAAAAGGGCUAUGAAGAAUGGUUGCUGAAUGAAAUACGAAGACUUGAGCGACUUGAACAUUUGGCUGCAAAAUUUAGACAAAAGGCAUCUGCUCACGAAACAUGGUCAUAUGGCAAAGAGCAGAUUCUGCAGCAGAAGGAUUAUGAAUCUGCUUCUCUGACAGAGAUCCGGGCUUUGUUGAGGAAACAUGAGGCUUUUGAGAGCGACUUGGCCGCUCACCAGGACAGAGUGGAACAGAUCGCUGCCAUUGCCCAGGAGCUGAAUGAACUAGACUACCAUGAUGCUGCAAGUGUCAAUGAUCGAUGUCAGAAGAUUUGUGAUCAGUGGGACAGACUGGGAACACUCACUCAGAAAAGGAGAGAAGCAUUGGAGAGAACAGAGAAAUUGUUGGAAACUAUUGAUCAGCUGCACCUGGAGUUUAGCAAGAGGGCUGCUCCUUUCAACAACUGGAUGGAAGGUGCCAUGGAAGACUUACAAGACAUGUUUAUUGUUCAUAGCAUAGAAGAGAUCCAGAGCCUGAUAACUGCUCACGAACAAUUUAAAGCCACUUUACCUGAGGCAGAUGGUGAAAGGCAAGCUAUACUCUCUAUCCAUAAUGAAGUGGAGAAAGUGAUUCAGAGCUACAACCUCAGAAUAAGUGCUAACAAUCCUUAUAGCACAGUCACACUGGAUGAGAUACGUACCAAAUGGGAAAAGGUAAAACAACUUGUGCCUGUGAGGGAUCAAUCACUGCAAGAAGAACUGGCUCGCCAGCAUACCAAUGAACGUCUGCGUCGCCAGUUUGCUGCUCAGGCCAAUGUCAUUGGUCCCUGGAUCCAAACCCAGAUGGAGGAAAUUGCCCGAAGCUCAGUUGAGAUUGGAGGGCCCUUAGAGGACCAGAUGACUCAACUAAAGCAGUAUGAGCAAAAUUUCAUCAACUAUAAACACAACAUUGACAAACUGGAAGGAGAUCAUCAACUGAUACAAGAGGCCUUGGUGUUUGAUAAUAAGCAUACUAAUUACACAAUGGAGCAUAUCCGUGUUGGAUGGGAACUGUUACUGACCACUAUUGCACGGACCAUCAAUGAAGUUGGGAAUCAGAUCCUCACAAGGGAUGCCAAAGGGAUCACACAGCAGCAAAUGAAUGAAUUCCGAGCAUCAUUUAAUCACUUUGACAGGAAGAAAAAUGGGCUUAUGGACCACGAUGAUUUCAGAGCUUGCUUAAUUUCCAUGGGCUAUGAUUUGGGUGAAGCAGAGUUUGCCCGAACCAUGUCCCUGGUUGAUCCCAAUGGUCAAGGAACCAUCUCCUUCCAGUCUUUUAUUGACUUUAUGACCAGAGAGACUGCAGACACUGAUACUGCUGAACAAGUGAUUGCUUCUUUCAGGAUCCUUGCUUCAGAUAAGGCUUAUAUUCUUGCUGAGGAGCUGCUUCGAGAGCUGCCGCCCGAGCAGGCUCAGUACUGCAUCAAGCGAAUGCCAGCAUACAAGGGCCCAGGUGCUGUUCCUGGAGCUCUGGAUUAUACCUCAUUUUCAUCAGCAUUGUAUGGGGAGAGUGACCUGUAAAUGGCUAUGACUACCAUAGGUGAUUAUAAUAAACAUCUUACUUUCCAGCUUGUUGCUUCUUGGGCAAGCUGAAUUCAAAGUAAGUUUCUCAGAUUUAGCAGGUACAUUCAGUAAAUUAACUAUACAUAUAAAGAGUGCAGCAUUGGUAUUGUUUGUAUUUAUUUUGUCAACAUUAUACAGUUGCCCAAAUGAAUUACCUGAUUGUAUUUUAAAGGAAAAGCAACACCCACAGGAAAAAAAUAGUCUGUGCUGGAAGUCUCAGGAAAAAUGAUAUUUGAAAUCAAGCCCUUUGCAAUUUUAAUAUUGAUGAAGCGUUUUGCUCAUAAAUUCCUCUUGCAGUAUAUGAGUCUUUUGCAGUCUCCCUCCAGGUGUCUGCUUUUUGCUUUCAUGGCAGUCGUGCUUUCAUCUGAGGAUAUCAGAUUUGGUAAUGCUUCUGCAGGAGGAGUUGUACAGACUAGGAAAUGCAUCAAACCAAAAAUGUAGCUAAAACCAUACAAAAUUCUGUCAUCUUUAUACAUGAAACACUUACUUUGUAUUUUUCACCUAUGUGUUGACAUAAAGACAUUUGAUGCCAGCAACCUGCUGAAAAGUGAAAGCCUUAUCCUCGGAAGCAAUACCUGACUUUUAACUUGGCAGCUGAAAGGACACAUUAACAAACAGGAUAUUAGGAAGCUUUGUAUGUUUGUUCUCUACCAUGUACCUGCUGCAUUUGGUCUUGAUUCAUGCUGCAUGUCAUGGUGGUUUCUUUAAGUAAGGUGGUCUGUCUGGUAGUUUAUUGUUAACUCUUCAUCUCAACAGAUUGUAGAGAAGUAAAGCAAUAAACUUUUUUACUUGAAGCCGAGCAGUCACAGGGAAGAAAAACGCAAUGCAAACAAAUGGAAAUAUUCACAAAUGGCAAAAAGCUGUACAAUUCAGUAUAAUAAAAAUGUGCCUACUAAAUAAAAUUUGCUUUUCAAACUUUAA